AUGAAAGUAUUUCAUAAUUUUCGCAAACUAAUGGGAUGUAGUGCGUUGUCUUCAUCACAUGUUCGAAAUAAUUCUCAUUCAUCAUCUGGUCAAUCAAUCGAUUAUCCAUUCCGUUUCCAUCCAGAAUUGCGCCGUGAUAUCCACGGUGAUCCAUUUUCUCAUGAACAACUAUUUGCAUUGCGUAAUGAUGAUGGAAUACGUCAACUCGCAUUAGAAUAUCGUCAUUCACCUCGUGAAUAUUCAAAAUGUUCAAAUUCUACUCAUAUUCAUCCAGAUUUACGCCGUCUCGUACGAAAACUUGCUCAAAUUCAAACAAUAAAUUCCGUUUUGACAGGCUCAUAUCGUCUUGAAAAUGGACAAAAAAUUGAAUUAGAUAGACAUCUUAUGUUAAAAGCAGCCGAACGUACAAAAUUCUAUCCGGAUCAGUACAAAUACAAAACGUCGAGGAAAUUAUAUGAUAAAACAAAUUUUUAUGUACUAAAUGCAGAUUGUCUAGAAGCAGCGUUAUUUUUCAAGAAUCAUUAUAAAGACUGUGAACCAGUCGUAUUAAAUAUGGCAUCGAUGUAUCAUCCAGGAGGCGGAUGGCGCAACGGUGCUGGUGCUCAAGAAGAAAAUCUUCAUCGUCGGACAAAUUUAUUUCAAUGUUUAGAAGAUCCCUAUAAUCAAUUAAAUCGUAAAUGGCCCUAUAAAGUACCAGAACUUGGUGGUAUUUAUACACCAAAUGCUUGUGUAUUUCGUGAUUCUGAAUUUGAUGGUUAUCCAUUUUUCUCACAUCCACAAUAUAUAUCAUUCAUAUCUUCAGCUGCCUACAAAAAUCCAUCGUUAGUAAAAAUUCAACAAACGGGUGAAAUUCAAUUACGUGAUGAAAAAAUUAUUGAAGCGACAAAAAAAAAAAUCGAAGUAGUUUUACAAAUAGCUCAAGAAAAUGAUCAUGAUACAAUCAUCUUGUCAGCAUUUGGAUGUGGUGCGUAUGGUAAUCCAGCGAAACAUAUUGCUCAAUUAUUUAGAGAAGUUUUAUUUGGUGAUGAAAAAUUUUUAAACUCGUUCCGUUUUAUUGUAUUUGCUAUUAUUAAUGAUCAUAAUGCCUAUUCCGAACGAAAUCCUGAUGGUAAUAUUCAGCCGUUUGCUGAUGUAUUUAAUUUGAAAAUUUUGACAUUAAACGAUUUAAAAGACUAUCCUAAACAACAACUAAUGGGGAAAAAUACUGCUUCAGCAGUGAAAAAUUUGAAAAAAUCCGGUCUCGAUCAUUAUUUUAUUCGUAAACCAUGUUCAGCGUUAUUUUCAAAAAAUGAAGAUAUUCUUUUGUAUUCAACAAUUAAUAAAAAAUGUUUACAAUUAUUUUUAUUACUGGAAAAUUUAGAUGAGCAAACUUUACAACAUCAUUUAUGGAUGGUGAAUCUCGAUGAAAAACAAUUGGAAUUAUAUCGUCAUUUGUUAAAUAUAGAAAAAUUACAAGAUUUUUUAACAUUUUUACAUCAAAAAUUACAAUUAAAAGAAUUUGACUUAUUGAAAUCGUCCGCUGACAGUGAAAUCAAUUUAGUUUUUACAAAUUUAGCCACAUCCAAGAAAGAAACAGUCACAAUUACAUUGGAUGAAUUAUCAGAUGAUAUUGAAAAAUUACAUUAUACAACAAAAUUGUUAUUUUAUUUAUAUAAACAAACUGAACAUUUGUCAGUAGAAUGUAAAACGUUGCAACAACGAGUAUCACAAUUAGUGCAAGCAAAACAAAUUGAACGUGGUGAUGGAGAUGGACAAGGAAAAUUGUACGAAUCAAAUUAUCAUAAAUCAACAUUGUUAAAACCAGAACAACGAGCAAAUAUGAGUAUUAUCAAUCCAACGUCGAAAAAGCGAAAACCAGCAAAAGGUGUUAAUUUUGGAGAUGAUGAUUAA